UCUUCGCACUGUUUCGCACCAGCGCGGACAAAUUUUUUUUUUUGGUUCGAAAAUCCAUCAACCCUAAAUCACUUGUCUGCAUAGAGGCAAUGUAGUUGUGAUUCUCCUGGUAAAAUGGACAAUCCCCAGAAGAAGUCUUCCUCUCAGAUGGAAACCCCAACUCCAAAAUCCAAAUUUGAGGAUUCUCCAGUGUUCAACUAUAUUAACAAUCUCUCUCCCAUUGAGCCGGUCAAAUCCAUCUCCACUGCUCAGACGUUUAGCUCUCUCAGUUUCACAUCUCCUCCUCCUGUUUUCACCUCUCCUCACGCCAGUUUCCACCGAGAAUCCAGAUUCUUCAGAUGUCAUUACUCUGCUGAUCGUUCAAAGGCCUUGGAUUCGAAAGAAGAAGUUGUAGCAUCAGCUGAUGUAGAUCUAAACAAAGAUGCUACUUUGGAAGAAGAAGAAAACGAAGAAGAAAAAGCUUCCAUUGAAGCGUCUUGUGAGCUGCCACAAGUCCUGAAGUCCGACAGCCAAACUCCUGAUCGAGGUGAUUCUCCUUGCGCCGGUGAUGUUGUCGAGGAAGUACUGGUAGAUCCAUCUGAUACUCCUCGGGGAGACAAUGCUUCAUCUUCUGAGGAUGUCAAAAUGAGUCUCCAGAAGGUGGUUGAUGCUCGGGAAGAGGAUAACACUCCUGGUUGUGGACGUUUGAUGGCAGAUGCAAGUGAACUGUUGGUGUUUCGAUCUCCGAAUGAUUCAGAGGCUUUUAGAUGCCUCGUUGAUAAAAUAUCUAGCUCAGAAAGACGUUUCUGCGCUGGUGUCAAGUCUACGAAAGAGCAAGAUAUCUCCAAAGAUAUUCCAGUCAAUGGAUCCAGCGAUGAUAACGAGCCUUUGGCUGUGCUUCCCAACGAGUCUGUCUCUCACUUGCAUCGUGGUAGCAUGAGAAGACGCUGUCUAGACUUUGAGGUGCCUGGGAAGCGGAAGAAGGAUAUAGCUGAUGAUCAGCAAACUGUGUGUGAAAAUAAGGCGGAAUCUUCCUCGAAAUGUGUUGUACCCGGUAUUGGUCUUCAUCUAAACGCCAUAGCAAUGUCCUUAAGGGACCGUAAGAUCAACGUCAUGCAUGAGUAUUCAACAUCUGAAGAGAUUCAAAUGAGUUUAACAGGCUCUACCACUCCGAUUCACUCCCAAGACACCGUGCUAGAAACUUUGGACCAAGCAGAAAGUGAGCCUGGGGAAGGUCAAGCUCUAGAAGAAGCUCCCAACGCUUUGGUUUUGUUCGAACAGUUGAAUCCGAGCAGCCUUAAGAAAAAGAGGCGUAUGUCUGAACAAGCUGGAGAGGGCGAGUCGUGUAAGCGAUGCAACUGCAAAAAGUCGAAGUGUUUGAAGCUUUACUGUGAAUGCUUUGCUGCUGGAGUUUAUUGCAUUGAGCCAUGUUCAUGUAUAGAUUGCUUCAACAAACCUAUCCAUGAAGAUACUGUCUUAGCUACUCGCAAACAGAUUGAAUCCCGAAAUCCGCUUGCAUUUGCUCCUAAAGUCAUCAGAAACUCUGAUUCCAUCAUGGAUGCUAGUGAUGAUGCAAGUAAAACUCCAGCUUCAGCGCGACACAAACGAGGCUGCAACUGCAAGAAAUCAAACUGUCUGAAGAAAUACUGUGAAUGCUAUCAGGGUGGAGUCGGCUGUUCCAUAAACUGUAGAUGUGAAGGAUGUAAGAAUGCAUUCGGCAGAAAAGAAGAUUCUUUACUUGCUAUCAUGGAGAGCAAACAAGAGGAGGAUCGCCAGACAUAUGAGAAAAGAACGGCUAAAAUCCAACACAAUUCGGACUUGUCGAAAGAAGUCGAGGAGCAGAACCCAAGGUCUGAUCAACCUUCGACACCGUUGCCGACGUACAGACAUUUGGUGGUUCAUCAGCCAUUUUUGUCUAAGAAUAGGCUGCCUCCGACACAGUUUUUCCUUGGGGCUGGUUCUUCCUCUUUAAGAAAACCAGACAAUGACUUAACGCAGCCACGGAAUGAGAAGAAGCCUCUUGAAACCGUCAUCGAAGACAAAACAGAGACUAUGCCUGAGAUUCUCACUAGUUCCCCUAUAACUACCAUCAAGGCCAUCUCUCCCAACAGCAAGAGAGUCUCUCCUCCUCAGAUUGGCUCCUCGGAAUCUGGCUCAAUCCUAGGGAAGAGAAGUAAUGGCCGGAAGCUGAUAUUACGGUCUAUUCCAGCUUUUCCUUCUCUUAACCCAAAUCAGUGAAAUAAAAGCCAUUCUGGUUAAGCUAAGAAAACCAAUUAUUUGUAUCUUUGUAAGGUUUCAGAUGAUGUAAUUCCAGAUGCUGUUACGUUAUAAGGAUCCACAUUUUGGUUACUAAA